AUGUCUGCUAUCCUCAAGCAAAGAGUGAGAUACGCGCCUUAUCUCAAGAAAUUGAGAACCGCUGAAGAAUGUAUCCCGUUGUUCAAGAACGGUCAAUACCUUGGUUGGUCCGGUUUCACCGGUGUGGGUGCUCCUAAGGCCAUUCCUGCUGCCCUUGUCAACCACGUCGAACAAAAUGGUUUGAACCAACCCGGUAAAGACAAGCUUGCUUUCAACCUUUUCGUCGGUGCCUCCGCAGGUCCCGAAGAAUCGAGAUGGGCCGACAACAACAUGAUCCUCAAGAGAUCCCCCCAUCAAGUCGGUAAGCCCAUUGCCAAGGCUAUUAACGAUGGCAGAACUCAAUUUUUUGACAAGCACUUGUCUAUGUUCCCUCAAGAUUUGACUUAUGGCUUCUACACUUUGGACAAGCCUACUGGUUCUAACCUUGACUAUACCAUCAUUGAAGCUACCGCCAUUACUGAAGACGGCUCCAUCGUUCCUGGUCCCGCUGUCGGUGCCUCUCCUGAAAUGUUGUCGGUUUCUGACAACAUCAUCAUCGAAGUCAACACCAAGACCCCUUCUUUCGAAGGCAUCCAUGACAUUGACUUGCCCGUCAACCCUCCCUUGCGUCAACCCUACCCUCACACCUCUGCUGACUACCGUAUUGGCCGCACUGCUAUUCCCGUUGACCCUUCGAAGGUUGUGGCUAUCGUUGAAUCGACCACUGGUGACAUCGUGCCUCCCAACACUCCUUCGGACGCUAUGUCGCAACAAAUUGCUGCCAACUUGAUCGAAUUUUUCCAACUGGAAGUCAAGGCCGGUAGAUUGCCCGAAAACUUGCACCCCUUGCAAUCGGGCAUUGGUAACAUCGCCAACGCUGUUGUUGAAGGUUUGGCUGACUCUAACUUCAAGAACUUGAGUGUUUGGACUGAGGUUUUGCAGGACUCUUUCCUCGAUUUCUUCGCUUCGGGCUCUUUGGAUUAUGCUACUGCGACCUCCAUCAGAUUGACUGAAGACGGUUUCAAGAGAUUCUACGAAAACUGGGACGACUUUACCAAGAAGUUGUGCCUCAGAUCGCAAGUGGUUUCGAACGCUCCUGAAAUCAUCCGGAGAUUAGGUGUUAUUGCCAUGAACACCCCUGUCGAAGUUGACAUCUACGCCCACGCUAACUCGACGAACGUGAUGGGCUCGAGAAUGUUGAACGGUUUGGGUGGUUCUGCUGACUUCUUGAGAAAUGCCAAGUUGUCGAUUAUGCACACCCCCUCUGCUAGACCUUCGAAGACUGACCCUACUGGUGUUUCGUGCAUUGUUCCCAUGGCUCCCCACGUUGACCAAACUGAACACGAUUUGGACGUCAUCGUCACCGAACAAGGUUUGGCUGAUUUGAGAGGUUUGGCGCCCAAGGCUCGUGCUCAAGAAAUUAUUAACAAGUGUGUCCACCCUGACUUCAAGGCUCAAAUCCAGGACUACUACGACCGGGCUAUCUUCUACUGUGACAAGAAGAAGACCUUGCAUGAACCUCAUAUCUUGAAGGAUGCCUUCAAGAUGCACAUUAACAUGCAAGAAAACGGAACCAUGAAGUUGGACUCGUGGGACCAAAAGUUCUAA